AAACCAAAUUAAUCUGCCUCUCUUUCAUUAUCUCUCUCUAGUCUCUCUGCUUGUAGAAGAAGAAAACUUAGCGGUCAUGGAAGCUAAGAUCUCAAACUUUUUCGAAUCGAUUGGCUCAUUUUUCACUGGUGGAGAUCAGAUUCCAUGGUGUGAUCGUGAUAUCAUUCUUGGUUGUGAGAGAGAAAUUGCGGAAAAUGGAAAUGAUACUUCAGAUGAGGCUAAGAAUGAAAGCAUCAUGAGGUUAUCCUGGGCUCUUGUCCACUCAAGACAGCCAGAAGAUGUCCAGCGAGGGAUAGCUAUGCUUGAAGCUUCUCUGGCUGGUGCACUUACUCCACUUCAGAAGAGGGAGAAGCUUUAUCUUCUCUCAGUUGGAUAUUAUAGAAGCGGCGACUAUUCAAAGAGUAGGCAGCUCUUGGAUCGAUGUUUGGAGAUUGCACCAGAUUUUAGGCAAGCUUUGAGCCUGAAGAAAACAGUUGAAGAUCGAAUAGCAAAAGAUGGUGUGAUUGGCAUUGGCAUCGCUGCAACUGCUGUUGGGCUUUUGGCUGGUGGUAUUGCUGCAGCAGUGGCACGUAAAAGAUGAUAUGGUUAAACCCAUGCAGUGGCACGUAAGAAAUGAGUCAAGCCCACAAUAUAUUUUCUGUUGUGCAUAACAAUCUCCUCACUCUAAUCACCUAGGUCAACCUUUGAACUUGUAGUUAUUUUAUCAUGGUCACUCUUUGAUUUGUCAGUCUGAAUGUUUUGAAUAAAGGUUGACGAAAGGUUCUAUGAUCUUGGCAAUUUUAUGGAAGUAUCUGUAGUUGGACUGUUGCAAUGCAGUGUUAAUUUUGCUAUCCUUGUUGGAAAUAUCGGUUUUGCAA